AGAAGUUUUUGGAAGACAAUCCUACCCAGUUUCUUGAAUAUGAAGAAAAGGAUGAUUUACUUAGAACAUCUUUUCGUUUUGGUCAUAAUGCGAUGGUUUGUUCUGGGUGAAACGGAGGCGAUGCGACCUGGAAAAAUGUCGGGCGUGUUUUGCACUUUUAAAGAGAAGCUGUACAGGCAAGGAGAUAGCUGGCAUCCCUAUCUGGAGCCCUUUGGAUUCAUCUUCUGCAUGCGUUGUACUUGCACAGAAUCUGGCCAUGUGAAAUGCAACACCAUCAAGUGCCCUGUUCUACGAUGUGAAAAUCCGGUGACCAAUUCACAGCAAUGUUGCCCUCGUUGUGCAGAUGAGCACCGGACUCCUGCUGGUCUCCGGGCACCGGUUAAAACCUGUAGGUAUAAUGGAACUAUGUACCAGACCGGGGAAACAUUUACAAAUCAUGAGCUCUUCCCAUCCCGCCAGUCCAACCAAUGUGUCAUGUGCACUUGCUCUAAUGGAAAUAUAUUCUGUGGACUGAAAACCUGUCAGCCUAUUACAUGCUUGUCUCCAGUUUCUGUACCAGAUACCUGCUGCUUGGUGUGCAAAGAGGGUGCAAUUCAUUUAAAUUCUGCGUCAUUUGGGGAAGGAGGACAGCAGCUGAACAGAGGAGUCAGGCAUUCUGUGGAUCACUGUGCUGCGGAAAAGGUCAGGGGCCGUUCAGUUAGGGCCACACCAUCAACACUGCGAGGCCUCAACUCCAGGAGUCUCAAUCUACCGACGUUACACAUCAAAGGAGGUUCUGAAACGACUGUUAAGAUUCUUUUACAGCGCAAACAUCAUAGAGCUUGUGUGUACAGUGGCAAGACAUACUCUCAUGGUGACGUGUGGCACCCGGUGCUCGGAAGGGUUUUGGAUUGCAUUCUGUGCACCUGCAGGGACAGCUUUCAAGAGUGCAAACGCAUCACAUGUCCCACCCAGUAUCCAUGCCAACAUCCCAUUAAGAUAGAAGGGAAAUGCUGUAAGAUCUGUCCAGAGCUCAAAGCAGAAGGCAACAGAACUGACUGCUUCCUCGGUCAAGACAAAAACAGUCUGCUGGUGUAUAAAGUUAUGUCCUCAUCUGCUUCUCAGUCAGAAGACAAAGUGCGGAGGAUUGCUAUAGAGAGGCAUGGAGCCACAGAAGUAGAGGUGCAAGUCUGGAAAACCGUUGAAGGUGUUUUGCAUCUAGUGGAGACUGGUGAUGUUCAGAAAAAAGACCUCAUAGAGCAUCCAGAAAAUUACAUCUUACUUACUACAUUGGAUGAAGACACCUGGAGAAAGUUCAAAGAGGAGGAAGAGAAGCAGAAGGAUUUCAGUAAGACUCAGAGCUGUGAAGAUGGGAUCAAGGAAGUGGUGAAAUACUUAAACCCUGAACAGCUGGACCGUCUUUGUGCUUCUUAGUCUCCAUCUGAAUCUCUUGCACUGUGCCAUCCUGCUUCCUGACACCCAUUUUAUUAGCAGAAGAGCACACAUAUCCAAACCCUCACACAAUGUGCAUGUAGCACAAAACCAGAUGCUGGCAGCAGGUAGUCUAAAGAUCUCCUUUAUUACUAUGAGUCAGUCCAGCACAAGCCUUUAUGAGUUUGACAUCCCAGAGUUCUUUGUAAGACCUUUCCUUUUUACUGAACCGGGCUGAGGUCAGUCAUUACUUUUUUUGUGUUGCUGAAAAAUGCACGUUUGAGAGAAAAAGUGUGGGAAUGCAUGUUACUGUCUUUAUUAUUAUCUGUAUGUACAUAAAUGGGAAGACGGAGGGUGAUUAUGACAGCUUGUUGGCCGGAAUGCUUUUAUAAAGUUGACGUAGGCCACAUUUUUCAGCUAUACAACAGUCAUAAGUAUCAUGGAUAAACUAAAAAAUACACUAUUUAUUUAAAUUCAAAGCAGCCAACAUUUUUCUUUAAUUGGAUGUUAUUGCCUUUCUUCUCUGCAGAGCGUUUUCUUUGACAUGUAUGAAGUGUGUAUAUUGAUCUGGUUAUGUAUGACACCCAUGCAUUUAAAAUGUUUAAAAUAUUGGUUUCCUGGGGUUAAGACUAACCCAUAUGAAAUAUUAUAUCUUCGCUUUCAGGCAGAAACCUUGCAUCUAAUUUUUUCCAUAAAUCAUUGAUCACACUUCAUGUUUAUUUGUGGGUUUAACCAGUAUUUAAAGUGGUGUUUUUUUCAUUUAAUAAAAAUGUAUGGUUUUAGAAAUACAAGGCUGCCCCAA